AUGAGUGUUUGUUGUAGCUUUCAGUGGCGUAUACGUCAUUUCAGAGGGACUUAUUACACACUUUUAUGUCUUAAGAAAAAUUAUGGGGAAUAAUACCAUUCGAAGUUGACAAUAAAGGGAUCGCAAUCAAGAUUCGCCCAGAGCUCAAAUAGCCUACAAAUCAAUCAAUUGAAUAACGCAUCAAUCGGCAGCGGCUGGGACUCAAAAGUGAUAAUUGGAUCAACGUUAUGAAGCAGCUGCCGAGAUGACGGCCGUUCUUGAUAUCAAACCAGCGUUAACUUUGAUGAAGUCCGAAAAAUUGCAUUAGUCGUGGCUGAACGACGAUAUGGAUAACCUACAGCUGGAUGUGGACUUCAGCGACGUGCCCCUGCUCACCCCGGGAAGCAGGGAGAUGAUGUCACAGGCCCUGAGGGCCACGUUUAGCGGCUUCACCAAGGAGCAACAGAGACUGGGCAUGCCCAGAGACCCCAGGCACUGGUCAGAGAGCCAGGUGGGCCAGUGGCUGCUGUGGACAGUGAACGAGUUCAGCCUGAAGAGCGUGGACCUGCACUGCUUCCGUAUGGCCGGGGUAAGUCUCUGUGCCCUGGGGAAGGAGUGCUUCUUGGACCUGGCACCUGACUUUGUGGGGGACAUCCUGUGGGAACACCUGGAGAUGAUGCAGAGAGAUGUGAGGCAUUUCCCCGUCAAUGGCUUGAUGCCCACAUUCCAGGAGUCCCGGUUCACUUAUGACUACCUUGCCAGUGAGUAUAGCUUUUCUGCCCAAAUCACAAGAGACAACUUUUGUCCAAAUCAUACUGUCCAUUUUAUAAUGGAGAGAAAUAUCAUUACUCCCUUUUUUGGGAGAGAUGUAAUGUCUCUCCCCCAAUUCUUCUCCGUAGACUAUGGAACUGAACGUGCCCAGUGCAUCCUUCCAUCGAUCAACUCAGAGCCAGGCUUCAUCACAGAGUCCAAUCAGACACUUCUACCAACCACCUGUGAGGACCUGCUGUCAAUCAAGACUGAGAACGGACAUUCUACUGGCCCACUGGGUCCUAAGCAGGGGGACUACCUCACCAUCAAACAGGAAGUGGUCUCCCAUGACAACAUGUGCAUGGGGCACGUCAUUCGAGGUAAAAUUGGGAGCCAAGAAUCCUUUGAGAGUGUGGAGAGCCUAGAUGCUUGUGAGCGUCUCACCCAGUCCCGGGGCAGCCACUCCCACUUCUGCAGUCUGCAGCGCGUGCCCUCCUACAACAGCUUUGACUCAGACGACUACCCGGCCACGCUGCGUGGCCACCCAGCCAAAGGCACCUUCAAAGACUAUGUGAAGGAGCGCAUGGACCUGACCAAAGACAAGUCUGUCAUACCGGCAGCGGCUCUUGCGGGAUACACAGGAAGUGGUCCGAUCCAGCUGUGGCAAUUUCUGUUGGAGCUCUUGACUGACACUUCCUGUCAGUCGGUCAUCAGCUGGACGGGAGAUGGCUGGGAAUUCAAAUUGACCAAUCCCGAUGAGGUGGCUAGGCGCUGGGGCCAGAGGAAGAACAAGCCCAAGAUGAACUAUGAAAAGCUGAGCCGUGGCCUGCGCUACUACUACAACAAGAACAUAAUCCACAAGACGUCUGGCAAGCGAUAUGUCUACCGCUUUGUCUGCGACCUGAACGGCCUUCUGGGAUACAGUGCAGAGGAGAUUCACGCCAUGCUUGACAUGAUGCCGGACACAGGAGAGUGAUGUGGGUGUGGUCUGGGCACCACCAGGUAACAUACACGCUUGUGUAGGACAGGGGUUGCCAACAGGUCGUGUGCCAAAACCGGCCCUCAAGUGAUUUUUUUUUUGUGUGGGGGGGCUCCCCAAAGUUGAGUUUUUAGAGGGAUUUUAGUUUUUGGUCAAGAAAGACUAAAAUCACCAGGAAUUCAGAAAAAAGGAGACUAGGAAAUCUGUUCCCAAUAAUUCCAUAAAAAAAGAUGUGAUUAUGUCUCAAUGUAAUCAAAGUAGGAAAUUAUUGUUAUUUUCAAAUACUCUGUUUAUUAUUAUGUUCUGGCAAAAAUCAUCUCAAGGCUGAAUCUAGUUGCCUACCGCUGUUGUAGGAGAUCAUGAUGAAAGCAUUUACAAUCACACAAAAAAUACAUAAUGCAAAUACAAUCAGACUCCUGUCAAGUUGCUGAAGACAAUGGAAGCGAGUUACUUGGAAAUGGACAUGGCCAUCACCCAAGGAGGUUAGAUAAUUUUAUUCAAAUGGAGCACAUGGCAAAAGAAAUAUACCCUUUGGGACCUAAGACUGGUGUUUUUCUGUGUUCAGUAUAGUUCUCUGGAAACCACAUUGACAAUCCACAGCCAUUUUAGCAGCCAAGCAUUGGGCUUUUUGUGUCAGUCUCAAAGCAAUGACUCUACUCUUACACAAGGGGCUACUGAAGUCCUUUUUAAUGAAUGAUUUGUUUGAGGACUGCUACAGACAUCCAGGGUAUGGAGGGCAACACUAGGUGCUCUAUAUAUCUAUCAAUGCCACCACUGUCAUGUUUCCACCUGCCAAAAAUAUGUCCAAUUUGUCAUAUUUCCCUGACAAAAGACAUGUCUUUUUUUUAUACUGCACAAGCCAUAAUUCACUGUCUCGACAUGCUUUGUCAUGAGUUCCCCUAAAUGUGUUAAGAGCUUUCACAUUUCGACUGUUACCCUGGGUUGUAUUCACUAGGAAAUAAAUUGAAGAAAACGGACCGAAACGGGAGGGACUACCUGAACCUGUCCAAUAAGAAACUCAUUUGUGCUGCAAAACCUUUUGCUACAGGUUGUUGCGGUGUGCCCUAUUGAAUAUGGUUAGAAAGGUGUGAAGUACUCUCAUAUUUGAGGGAACGAAACCCUACAACAAUGCUAUCGCGAGUUCUAUAAAUAGAAGUUCCAAAAUUAUUUUACAGCAUUUGUUUAUCUUUUUUAUAAUGUAACAAAGUUUUGUAUAAAAUGUCAAGUUUAAAUUUUUUAAAUGACAGACAGGGUUCUAUGCGUGGGUCUGUAUUCAUCAAGCGUCCCCGAGUAGGAGUGCUGAUCUAGGAUCAGUUUUUCCCUUUUAAGUUAUUAAGAAGAUUACAUUGAAAGAGGGGCUGGCUGGCUGAUCCUAUAUCAACACUCUUUGUUUGAGACUUUGUGAAUAUAGGAUAAAAAAAAGGUGUCAGUAUCCUCUUUCUUGCUUUAUACAUACAAGAUUUGUUGGGCUGAGCCUGGCCUAUCGCUGAACAUUUAAGAGCAGAGCUUUUAUUAUGAUUGUACAUGAGAAUGUUGUAUACCAAACAGUAUAAACAAAACUAACUGGU